GCGGUCUUGCAUGAAGUCUUCUCGGGCUCAUGGCGGCGCGGUGGCCUGGCCUAUCUCGUCUGCUCCGGGGCGGGCUGCCAGUCCCUGGUUUACUGGGGGGAACCUCCGACAGGUGGAGGGCGACAACUGUGAUAGUAGAGGGCUGGGCUCAGGUUGCGCGAGUUGGAGUUAAAAUGAGGCAGAAGGGAGUGUUAACCAAGACCUUCCAAGGCCCAGCUGUUCUCUGUUCAACUCCAAGCAGCCACAUAUAUGUGUUCAAGAACAGCAGUGGGGACUCCGGGGACUCUUCUGAGGAAGAGUCUCAACAUGUGGUUCUACGGACCCGGGGCAAGGAGCGCCAGAAGAAUAGUGUUUACCACCCUCACAAGCCAGGAGCAGGUGAAGUGGUGCUGCUCCAGCGGGAGCUGGCCCAGGAGGACAACCUCAACAAGCUGGCUCUUCAGUAUGGCUGCAAAGUUGCAGAUAUCAAGAAAGUCAACAACUUCAUCAGAGAACAAGAUUUAUAUGCUUUGAAAUCUAUUAAGAUUCCAGUGAAAAACCAUGGGAUCCUUACAGAGACCCACAAAGAACUGAAACGUCUUCCAGAACCAUCCACAGAGACCACAGUGACCUUUGUGGAAUUGCCAGAUGUACACAGAGCCACCACAGGUGCCAAUGCCCAGGUCAGCCAACUGACAGAUUUCUUUAAGGGAAUUGAUCAGAAUAUUGAGCGGGCAGCACAGUCAGAGAUCUUCCUAAGUGAGAGCUGCUGCAUAGAGACCUCUGAUCAGCCACUGCUCCCAGCUCCUCCGAAGACACUGACAGAUGGAGCGGACUGUGGGAUUCAAUGGUGGAAUGCUGUUUUCAUCAUGCUUCUAAUUGGGAUUGUGCUGCCAGUGUUUUAUUUGGUCUAUUUUAAAAUACAAGCUACUGGGGACAUCCCUAAUAACCUGAACACAACUGCUGUUCGCAAUGGCUCAAUGGCAUUGAGAGUGGUUCCAGAUUAAGCCCCAGAUUUGCAAUUCCAAAGGCAACUAUCACCUCUUCAGCCAGCCUGUCCAGUCAGCACUCAGGAAGGAAGGAAGCUGUUGUUUAUGGAUAAUCUGCCCAGUUUUAACAGUUGGACUUGAUGUGUAUUAGCUGUCAUUGGCUGCAUCCUAGGGGUGCUACGUUUUGGUUCCUGGGAUACAUGGAUGCAUUUCAGAAGUCACCACAGUGUUCUCUAUUGCACUGAGCAAUGGCCUCACCUAACCCAAGAUUGCAGGAUCCCAAACACCACUGCCCUUGGCCUCCUUAUCCAGAGAGGUGUGUAAGAGACAUUUACAUGUGACUGAUGGCCACUUCUUGAAGACAUUUAGUGAACUAGCUGUGAAUGCCUUCACCAUAGUUCUGCAUGGGUUCCUAUGUUGGAUAUGCUCAGAGUGGGAGGAAUGGCCUGACCAAAGGACCCAUAAGGUGGGUGCCCUGCAAUUUGGAUCUCCUGCCUAUUUUAAUGUCCCCACCUGCUAUAAAGGUGGAGUAGGACUGGCUCUAAGUUUGUUCCAUGUUUCCCUGGCAAAGGUGCUCUGGAAGAGUAUCAGCAUGUCACCCUGUGUUAGAGAAUGAUAAUGAACAAUUAUAACAAGCUGUGUUUCAUGUUUGCCUCAUCAGUUAGCAGUGCCACUUGUAGAACUGAAAAAAAUCCUGAGUCCAAAAUGCCAUGCUAUUGGGUAAACAACAGUUCUGUUUUUCAUACUUCUAGAACUCUUUGGUCUGUCAGGCAUGUCUUAAGCCAAACACAUGAGAGCCAUUGCCCAGUUUCACAAUGAUGAGCAGCCCUCUGGUGAUGGCUUCCUGGGGUCUCCAGUCAGCAUUCUUGGAAGGAGCUCUUGCUGGCUAACCCAUGGCAAGAAGGUAGCAUGCUAGUCACCAGAAUUCAAGCAUGUGUGUUUCUGAGGCUGAGCCGUCACCAGGCUAGCACUGCUAAGCCUCUGUGCACACCUGAAACAUGGUAUUCCUGCUCUUUCCCUGACUCCCUUCUUUGGAACCCUAGAGCCACAGCAUGAGAAGGCAGCUCAGUCCUUUUUCUUUGGGUGAUGGCCCUAGUGUAACCUUCUAUGUUCCAUUUGCUCACAAUGUUAAAAGACCAGACACUUGAUGGCAGGGCUGUAGGUGUGUGUUAGUAAGGUUUCCUUUGCUGUAACAGAAUACCUAAGAUUAACGUCUUCUAAGGAGGAAUGGUUUGUUUUGGCUCAUGGUUUCAGAGGUUUCAGUCUGGUUAAUCUACCCUUGCUUGGUAGAAAACUUUAGUUCAUGAUAGCUGGGAAGCAGAGAGGAAGGGACAGGGUCCCAGUAUCCCUUCAAGGGCAUGCCUUAAGUGAGUUUACUUCCCCCAACUAGGCCUCACCACCCAAACCAGCUUGGUCCACCAGUGUCAAGCCAAGGACCACCUGAUACCUGAGGGAGGAAGGGACCUCAGGUUUGCUCAUCUCUUCCCUGACAAGGCAGCAGGGAUGGGUGGUGAGAGCCUGCUGCUGCCUGGGAGUCAGUCUGCUGUGUCACAGUAGGGAGGGGGCCAAGUUGGCUGGUGGCUCAGCCUCUGAGGGGUCUGUGGACAGAGAGGAAAACUGCACCAAUACUGAGCUUCAGGGCUAGUCAUGGCACUUGAUACCUUAGGCCUAGAGAUAAGUUUAGGAGAUCUCGCAUGUAAGAGGAGAGGGGUGGCAGAAGAUAACCCAUUAUAUAGGCUUCCAAUUUCUUUCUUCUUAGUUUGUGUGAAAAAACAAUUUUCCCAGGGUUCAAUUAGUAAAUUUAAAGUACCUUCAAAAUUAAAUGUUUUCUUAAGAGACCAAAAUAAUCUUCAGAACAAAAUUGUGAGGCUUUGUGCAGGAACAUUUGUUCAUAUAAAUGCUUGAUGAAAGACAUAUAUUCUCUAACAUUUGUCACCAUUAACUUGACCAGGAGGGGCUCAGUCCCAUGGGAAAAUCACUCUUGUCAGGCAAAGAAUUAGUACCUGUGUCCUUUGCUUUUCUCAAAUGGAAUAAAAUAAUUUCUUCUGUGAAGGAAAUAUGAUUCCCCCUUUUUUUAAAUUUGGGGAUUGCAAAUUUAGAGUUGAAAGAUGUGGGACAGUGUUGGGAAGGUCCAGGGAGAGGUAUGUGCCUGCUGCUGUGUCCAUGGUUACACAGACAGGUGCAGGACAGAAAGUGGUAACCAAUACACUUUGGCCGGUUGACCUGUAUAAGCUUCAGAAUUGUUUUGUUAGGUAUAGGUAAGAACCACAAUUCCAUUUUCUACACAAUUUACUACAUUUUCAGUGUCUUUGGGAAGUUAAUGUUUUAAAGAAAUAAUUUAUCUUCUUGUUUGAACAACAAUGUUGAAUGUUGGAGCCUAAGGAAUCUCCCUCGUCAGGCAAACUGUUCAGGUUUCUUCAGGACAUAGCAGCAGGCUUCGUUGUGCAAGGUCUUCUGGACUCCAGAUGGGGAGGCAGGAAGGGAGGGUCAUGGAAUUGAGAGAAGAGCCACUUGGGACGGGCAGGGGCUGACAGCUGAGCUGUGCUGUAGCCAAGGCCCAAAGAGUCAUGAAGAUUUGUCUUUGGGAAAGACUGGCUGUAGCCCUGGAAGCAAAAACAUCAUCAUAGAUGCUGUCUAACGCUCUAAGAGCUUUACACACGACCUCAUCUUGUCCUCACAACCUGUUCAUAAGGUAGGCACUUAUCCCCAUGUUACAAAUGGAAAAAUUAAGCUAAAAGCACAGCUGGUAAGUGGGGCUGCUGAGAGUUUAGUCCAGGCUGACAGGGUCAGAAGACUGUGCUGUUAAUCCCCUUGGUCUGGGCAUUGCUGCCCUUCCACCUCCUGACUUUCUUCUGUGGGCCUAGGAGAAGGUGCUGAUGGCCUGAGCUAUGCUUAGAACAUGGGGACCACUCCAGCCUCUGGCUGCUCUGCGCUGUAGCCUCCCAAAGCAGGACUUCAGGAUAAAGUGGCUGAGAGAAUAAUUAAGACAAUUUCUACUAGUCCACCUGGGACACUGUAUAGUGACAAAAGUCUGAUCCAUUGCCUGAAUUCCAAAACCUAUAGAAUCAGCAUUUAUCAAGUUUCUUGCUGGUGUAAAAUCAACCGAAUUUAGCUCUUGAACCAGAAAGCCAAGUUUCUCACUUGACUGUAUGAAAUAAACUUCAUUUGUGUUAGCACUGGAUCCUCCCUUAGCCACUUUCCUUCCAGUGCUUAAUGCCCUGGGACAGGGUUCCCCCAAGCUUAUGUUCAAAGAGGAGGGCCAACUGACCUCACCCGCUGAGUAGGGGCAUGUGGGUGGGGUCGUGUGUGGACAGCAUCCAUUUUUGCUUGUUUUGUCAGAGCCAUCUGGGUACAGUGGAGCUGCUAAGGAGAGGUGAGGCCAGUCUCCUUAUCUCUGCUACAACCAAGUAGGACCCGCUGCUCCCAGAAGGACCAUCAUGAUGGUGAUGUAUAGCUUCAACCUAUGACCCAUGCCCCUUCCUAUCCUGGUUCAAAACUGCAGGGGCCUUACGACGAGAUUGCCUCAACAGUGUCAGUGGUGGUGCCAGCAGUGGAGUCCUCAUAACCCACAGGAGACUUUCCCAGAUCUUCGGAAGGCAUUUGGUUAUUUUAAAUCACCAUUUCACUGCCCUGAAUAAGAGACAUGCACUGUCCUCAUCUAUCCUUCCUUCUGUUCCACCACCCAUCAAUUUAUCCAUACACUGACAUUUAUACACAGACAUUCCACACUUCAUUCAUUCACUAACUUCCAGAAUACCUGUUAUGCCAAGAGGUGAUGUAAUUGCAAGACAUGGCCUUUGCCCUCAAGAUGCUUAUAAUCUAAUGAGAAAGACAGGACCUAUGGAAGAAUAGUGAGGUGAUAAAGUAAAAAACUCUGGGCUCAUGAGAGGGGAAACAGGUAUGAUGAUCAGUGGUUGAUAGAGCAAGAAAAGUUUUCUAGAGAGGCUGACAUUUUCUUAGUUGACGUCCAAAAAGAUUUAAAGGGAUACUGUAGUGGAUGACUUUUCAAAAAAUGCUCCUCAGUGUCAGCCUAGAGGAAAGAAACCUAGGGGAAAGAAACAUAGGGAAUAUGCAGAUAGGAACCAUGAGUAGCCUUGUAUUGAGGGAAAAAAAAAAAAAAAACAUAAA